AUGAACACCUCUCUUUCCCGACCUUUUACUGUUGUGGAGGUAAAAGAAGCCCUUUUUAGCAUGAACCCCAUGGGAUCACCUGGCCCUGAUGGGUUCCCAGUAGCCUUUUACCAGGGACACUGGGACAUAGUAGGGGAAAAAGUAACAAAAGCAGCAUCGGACGCUCUAAAUGAAGGCUGCAGGUCUAAUAAGAUGAAUGAUACCCUGACUGUUCUUGUCCUAAAGAUCCCAUCCCCAUCAAAGACAACAUUUGUUCCAGGGAGGUUAAUCACAGACGAUUUGAUUAUGGCCUUCGAGUCUUUCCAUACUAUGAAGUCAAGAUUGAAAGGAAGGGAGGGAUACAGGGCCCUUAAGCUCGAUAUGAGCAAGGCCUACGAUAGGAUAGAAUGGACUUUCCUGAAAUAUGUUAUGCAGUAG